AUGACCGCAAGGUCGUCGUCGCUCCAGCCGGUUGUUGCGGAGGUGAGCUCGAGUGGUCACGUCGUCCCCCGGGACCGGGGCGAGAUGGAGUCUGGCAAGGCCGGCGCAGGCGCGGGUCUACCAACAACAACAGCAGCAGCCGUGGAGAAGAAGAGUAAUUACAAGGGUUUCGUGGCGGGUGUGUUUUCGGGGAUUGCAAAGUUAAGUGGUACACACGCUAGCUUCGACACGGUCAAGGUUCGGCUCCAGACGAGCAAAGACGGGCAUUUCAAAGGGCCCCUGGACUGCGUGCUGCAGACGGUGCGGAAGGAGGGCGUGAGCGGGUUCUACAAGGGGGCGACGCCGCCGCUGGUCGGAUGGAUGGUGAUGGACUCGGUCAUGCUCGGUUCCCUCACGCUGUACCGCCGCUUACUCCUCGAGAAUGUCUUCUCGCGGCCGACAGUGCGCGCCCUAACGCCGUUCGCGAGUUACCAGCCGGACCCGACUACGCUGCCGAGCUUUGGGCACGGGAUUGCGGGUAUCCUCGCGGGGACGACGGUGAGUUUUAUUGCGGCGCCCGUGGAGCAUAUCAAGACACGACUGCAGGUCCAGUAUGCGGCCGACAAGGCGAAACGGAUGUAUAGCGGGCCGAUUGACUGUUUGCAAAAGAUGCUCCGCACCCACGGCAUCGCCGGCGUAUACCGCGGCCUCUGGGCGACCGUUUUCUUCCGAUCCUUCUUCUUUUUCUGGUGGGGGUCGUACGACGUGCUGACGCGGUGGAUGACGAGCAACACGGCGCUGUCUGCGCCCGCGAUCAACUUCUGGGCGGGCGGCAUCUCGGCGCAGAUCUUCUGGCUGACAUCGUACCCGUCCGACGUGGUCAAGCAGCGGCUGAUGACGGACCCAAUGGGCGGUGCGCUCGGCGACGGCGAGCGCAAGUUCCGCCGGUGGAAGGAUGCGGCGCGGGCGGUUUAUCGCGAGCGCGGGUUGAGGGGGUAUUGGAGGGGAUUUGUGCCCUGCUUCCUCAGAGCAUUCCCGGCGAAUGCGAUGGCCUUGGUUGCAUUUGAGGGUGUGAUGCGGUCGUUGCCAUAG